AUGCGGGCCGAGCGCUCGGGGCGGGCCGCGCUCGCGCUCGCCGCGCUUCUAGCGCUCGGGCCUUGCUCCGCCGAGCUUGAGAUUACUACUGCUGCUGCGUUUGAUCCAUCGAAACGCGGCACAAUGAUGUAUGGGGACCCGUGCUCUACACUGCAGGAUUGUGGCUUUCCUCAAUCAAUAUGCGACUCAUUACACAAAACAUGCCGUUGCCAUCCAGAAUAUCCUGUUACCAACCAUGUGGAUAAAUGUGGAAAAGUCGCUGGUAUCAACGAAACUUGCAUAUUCAACGAACAAUGUGAAGAAGUGGUACCUCAGACAGAAUGCAGGAACGACCGCUGUGUGUGCUUAUACGAAAUGGUCGCUGGUUUGAAUGAUGAAGGCCGCAUUGAAUGUAAAGCGGUAAAGCAAAUAGAAGAGCCAAUAAGGACUCUAGAUCCGGCUAUGAUUGGAGUGUUGGUGGGCAUGGCUCUGAUGUUCGUCAUUAUAUGCGUGGUACUGCGUCUGUUUAGCAGAGCACGUUGGAGGGAGAACCGCACCAUCUUUAAUACACCGAACCCACGAUUGAUGAACGUGUCCUUGCUACGAGACUCAAAACUUUUACAUUCACAGGAUCGACGUGGUUCCCGUGUGAGUAUGCGUCCGCCGUCGCGCCAGGCAAGCCAGCAGGAACUUAGACCACACUCUCCGAGUCCCGCACGACCUCACCAAAGCCAUCAGCUACACCGAAAAACUUCAGGUUCUCGUCGAGGGUCAAGAGCAAGCAGUGGGCAUUCUGCGACGUCCCUCAGAUCUGCCACUAUAAGGUCCCCCACUGCCCCUGGACCUACAUCCGUCACUGUCGAAAUACGCGCACCAGAUGCG